GUUGUGGCCACAGGACUAGAGGCUUGUACUGGUGGUGAGACAGAUGACAGCUGUAAACAAGCCCCGGUGAAGCUCAGGACCUUUGAGGAACAGUCAGCGGUGAAAGCUCGGUGAGGAAUAAGAAGAGGAGCUCAAAACACUACCCAACCAGAUGGUGAGGAGGAAAGCUUUGGCCCGUUGUGGCCUGGUUCUACUCAGUUUGUGGCUUUGUAUCCAAUCAGUGCCUAUCAGUGUGGAAAAGGCCAAAGAAAAGCCCAAAGAGGAGGACCUGGGGCCACCCCAGAGUGCUGAUACUGGACUGCAUUAUGAUCGCUACCUCAGGGAAGUCAUUGAGUACCUUGAGAAAGAUCCUCACUUUAAAGAAAAGCUCAAAAAUGCUGAUAUGGAUGACAUCAAGCAAGGUAAACUUUCCAAAGAGCUGGACUUUGUCCACCACAAUUUUCGGACUAAGCUGGACGAGCUGAAGAGGGAGGAGAUGAACAGGCUGCGGAUGCUCAUCAAAGCCAAACAUGACAUCCAGGAAGGGAAUGGCUACACAGUGGACCACCAGGCCUUGCUGAAACAGUUUGAGCACCUUAACCACAUGAACCCAGACACUUUUGAGGUGGAGGACCUGGACCGCCUUAUCAAAUCGGCGACUAAUGACCUGGAGAACUAUGACAAAGACCGCCAUGAUGAGUUCAAGAGGUACGAGAUGAUGAAGGAGCAUGAGAGGAGGGAACGCCUGAAGAAAAUGAAUGAGGAGGAUCGCAAGAAGGAAGAGCAGCACUAUGAGGAGAUGAAGAAGAAACACGCCGACCAUCCCAGAGUUAACCACCCUGGCAGUGAGGACCAGCUGAAAGAGGUGUGGCAGGAGGCAGACGGUUUGGAUCCAGAAGACUUUGAUCCCAAAACCUUCUUCAAAAUGCACGACAGCAAUGGAGACGGCUUCUUUGAUGAGAGUGAGCUUGAAGCUCUUUUCACUAAAGAGCUGGAGAAGGUGUACAACCCUGAAAACGAAGAGGAUGACAUGAUUGAGAUGGAGGAAGAGAGACUGCGAAUGAGAGAGCAUGUCAUGAACGAGGUGGACACCAAUAAAGACAGACUUGUGUCACUGAGCGAGUUCAUGGCGGCCACUAAGAAGGAGGAGUUCUAUGAAAAAGAUGAGUGGGAGACUUUAGAUCAGAAUCCAUUUUACACCGAGGAAGAGUUGAGAGAGUAUGAACAGCAGCUUGUCAACGAGGAGAACGACAUCAACAAGAAGUCAGCUGAGCUGGCAAAACAGAGGGAGGAACUUGAAAAAAAACAGGAAGAACUUAAUGCUCAGAAGUUGGGGCUGAAGCAGGCAAUGGAAGAAAUGGAAAGGGUGAAAGCUCAAAGCCCAAAAGCUGACAUAAAACAGCCAGGAGUUCAUGUAGCCGAGGGUCAACCAGCACCACUUGUACCAGGAAACAGUCAACCACUGCCCCCUGCUCACCAGCAGCAGGAUGUACCAGUGCCAGGACACUCUUAGCAGCCUCACCACUCUGCGAGCUGCGGGAGUGAGUGUGCGCGUGUUUUUGUGUUUUAAUGAUUCAAAAUUUUUGUUAUUGUUAGGGAUUUUGCAAACACCUUUUGACAAUGAUAGAUCUAAACAUCAAGAGCACAUUAAAAAGUGAUUUUAGGCUUCAGAAUUAGUCCCAGUACCAAUGAUGCUCUUCUUCUUACUGGCCAAAUUGGCUGAAUGAGCCAGACUUGAAAUGUGGAUUUGGUCCAGUUUUCUACAUAGACAAUCGACCCUUUUGUUUUUGUCAUUUUGAUCUUUCAUCACAACAAGGACUCUGUUCUCUGUGGGGAGAUCCUUGGGGUGAAAUGGGGAGGGCUGCUGGCCUGAUAACUGAAUGUUUUGUUUUGUGCACACUGUACUUUAUUGUCACUGGUACUGUCUCUUACAGGAAAUACUUUGAAAAUGUAUUUAUUUUUGUGGCAAAGAGAAAAAAUUAUUUCUGAAAAAUGAAUGUGAGAAGAGUAAGUUAGGAUCAGAGAUUACCCUGAUUACAUGAAGAAUUUUUAUACUCACAUUAAAUGUUGUGUUGUGUUUCCAAAACAGAAUCAACAGAUGAAGUUAGAUAUAUAUAUUUAAAUGUAUAAUUUUUUUUGUACAAUUGUGCUUUGUUAGAGUAAUAACUAUGAAUUCUAAAGUUGUUGUUUGUGUACAGUAUGUGUGUCAGUGUUUGAAAGUGUCUGUGAAUUUGUGUCAUUUUCCACAAUAGAGUACUUUUACUUCAUUUCAUCUCUACGCCACUGUAAACAACCACCAGUAGGUUGGAUGUGGACUCAACUGUGUCAUUGGCGAUGGGAAACCAACGUUAAUCUGCAUAAAUAAAAUCAGAGUAAAAAAAAAGACUUUUUAUAUAAGAUUAAUAUAAGAAAUAAUAAUUGGAAUAUGGACACAGAGUAAUUUUCUAUCUCUUGCAAAAACAACAACGUCUCUGGACCCUGCUGUACCUGCUUGCUAGUCCAAUUUUGUCCAUGCCGCUUAAAAAGAAAACGUUAAAUCUGUCCAACCAACAUCUAAUCUUACAAAUUCAUGAUAAUAUUGUACAAAGUUUGAAUGUCAACAAUAAAAUUGAAUGAGCAAAUGUAA